GGAGGCGGCGCUGGGAGUGCCCAUUGGCGCAGGGAGAGGAGGAUGGGCACAGCCCGGCGGCAGCCUUAGCCUCAACGUCCAAGGGGAAGCGGAGGCAGGCUCGGCGGCAGUGGCAGGUGCCUCGGCGGCGGUGCUCUCCCUGGAGCCCGGCAGGCCGACGGGCAGCAGGAUGCUGGAGAUCCAGCUGGACGAUGGCGGCGUGGGGGGGUACCCGGGGGACGAUUACUGCUCGGGCUCGGUGAUGUCGGAGCGGGUGUCGGGCCUAGCCAACAGCAUCUACCGCGAGUUCGAGCGGCUCAUCCGCUGCUACGACGAGGAGGUGGUGAAGGAGCUGAUGCCGCUGGUGGUGACUGUGCUGGAGAACCUGGACUCGGUGCUCACCGACAACCAGGAGCAUGAGGUGGAGCUGGAGCUGCUGCGGGAGGACAACGAGCAGCUGCUCACGCAGUACGAGCGCGAGAAGGCGCUGCGCAAGCAGGCAGAGGAGAAGUUUAUAGAGUUUGAAGAUGCACUGGAACAGGAGAAGAAAGACCUGCAAAUCCAGGUUGAGCAUCUUGAAUUUCAGACCCGGCAGCUGGAGCUGAAGGCCAAAAACUAUGCAGACCAGAUUUCACGGCUGGAGGAACGUGAAUCAGAAAUGAAGAAAGAGUACAAUGCCUUGCACCAACGCCACACAGAGAUGAUCCAGACCUAUGUGGAACACAUUGAACGGUCCAAGAUGCAGCAGGUUGGGGGAAAUAGUCAAACUGAGGGCGGUCUACCUGGGAGGAGUCAUCGCCAGUCAUGGAGGAAAAGCAGGAAGGAGCGUCCUAACUCUCUGAAUGUCUUCCCCCUUGCCGAUGGAAUGGUACGUGGGCAGAUAGGGGCCAAGAUCAUCCCCACAGUGGACCACUGGCACUUGAGUGACCUCGGCCAGCUGCAGUCCAACUCCAGCUACAAGUGCCCAAAUGAUGAAAUGUCUGAAUCUGGGCAGUCUUCUGCAGCUGCCACUCCAAGCACCACUGGGACAAAGUCCAACACACCAACCUCAUCUGUGCCCUCUGCUGCUGUCACACCCUUAAACGAGAGUCUGCAACCCAUCAGUGACUACAGUGCCACAGCCAAAAACAAUAAGAGGGCACGGGAAAAGCGGAACAGCAGGAACAUGGAAGUGCAGGUCACCCAGGAGAUGAGGAAUGUCAGCAUAGGAAUGGGUAGCAGUGAUGAGUGGUCUGAUGUUCAGGAUAUCAUAGACUCUACGCCAGAGCUGGACAUGUGCCAGGACCCCCGACUGGAGCACACUGGAAACAGCCCAACACAGGGGAUUGUGAACAAAGCUUUCGGCAUCAACACAGACUCUCUGUAUCAUGAACUUUCCACAGCAGGGUCAGAGGUCAUUGGGGAUGUGGAUGAAGGAGCAGAUCUGCUAGGGGAGUUCUCAGUGCGGGAUGAUUUCUUUGGAAUGGGCAAAGAAGUGGGGAAUCUGCUGUUGGAGAACUCACAACUUCUGGAGACCAAAAAUGCUUUGAAUGUUGUGAAGAAUGAUUUGAUUGCUAAGGUGGACCAGCUAUCUGGGGAGCAGGAGGUGCUGAAGGGAGAGCUUGAAGCAACAAAGCAGGCCAAAGCCAAGAUGGAGAACAGAGUCAAGGAACUGGAGGAGGAGCUUAAAAGAGUGAAAUCUGAAGUGAUCAUUGCCCGACGAGAACCCAAAGAAGAGGUGGAGGAUGUAAGCAGCUAUCUCUGUACAGAAUUGCAGUGCUCCUCCCCCCUGCAGGACAACAUUCCCAUAGCCCAGCGCCGCCGCUUUACCCGUGUAGAGAUGGCCCGUGUCCUGAUGGAGCGCAACCAGUACAAAGAGAGGCUAAUGGAGCUACAGGAAGCGGUCAGGUGGACAGAGAUGAUCAGAGCUUCCCGGGAGCACCCAUCUGUCCAGGAGAAGAAGAAGUCCACUAUUUGGCAAUUCUUUAGUCGCCUGUUCAGCUCUUCCUCCAGUCCCCCGCCUGCGAAGAGGAACUACCCAUCGAUGAACAUCCACUAUAAGUCUCCAACAGCAGCUGGGUUCAGUCAACGCCGCAGCCAUACCAUGUGCCAGAUCUCUUCUGGCAGCCGCACCCUCGAAUUCUUCCCUGAAGAAUUGAGAAGUAACACUGUUGCUUCUCUCCUCAGUGACUGUACGUCAUCCACACGUCGCGAACAGAAGCGUGAGCAGUACCGCCAGGUCCGAGAGCAUGUGCGGAAUGAUGACGGUCGAUUACAGGCCUGUGGGUGGAGCCUUCCUGCCAAGUACAAGCAGCAGCCAUGCUCCGGUUACACCUGGCAAGAUGACCCCAACACAAUUCCAAACUUUUCCAAAACCGUGUGCUCUGCAAUGUCCAGCCCUCUCUUGGACCAUUCAGAGAGAUUUAAGCUGAGUCCCAAUGGUGGCCAGGAAGACACCCGCAUGAAAAAUGUCCCUGUGCCUGUGUACUGUCGCCCUCUAGUGGAGAAGGACCCCACCAUGAAGUUGUGGUGUGCAGCUGGAGUCAACCUGAUGGGCUGGAAGCCCUUUGAACAGGAUUCUGGGAGUGGACAGAAGUCAGAUCCUGGACGUGAUCCGCUCACCUGUGACCGGGAGGUGGAAGGAGAGAACACCAAGAGUAACCACACAUCUCCAGAAAAGAAAAAGGUAAAGGAGCUGCACGAGAUGGAUGCCACAUCCAGCCGAGUCUGGAUUCUCACGAGUACCCUCUCUACAAGUAAAGUUGUAAUCAUUGAUGCCAACCAGCCUGGCACAGUGGUGGAUCAGUUUACUGUCUGCAAUGCCCACGUACUCUGCAUUUCCAGCAUCCCUGCGGCUAGUGACAGUGACUAUCCUCCAGGCGAGAUCUUUCUGGAGGGAGACGUGAAUCCAGAAGAGUCAUCUGGAACAGAUGGAGUCCUUGCAGGAAUCACUCUGGUGGGUUGUGCAACCCGGUGCAACGUGCCACGCAGUAACUGUUCUUCUCGUGGAGACACCCCCGUGCUGGAUAAGGGACAGAGUGAGGUGGCUGCAGUCAGCAAUGGGAAGAUCUAUCAGUCCCAGUCCACGGAGGAGGCAACAGAAGCUACAGAGGUACCAGAGAGUGGUGCAAAUGAAACAGAACCAGCUCAAGUCCGGCCUGGUCCACUUACAGAGCAUAUCUUUACAGAGCCAGAUCCAGCUCAGGCACCUGUUAGACAGAACAGUGAGAACGGGCAGCAAAAGACAGAGUCGAGCACAACACUGCCAGAGCAGGAAGUGAACGGUGAUGCUGCUGGAACAGGCACCAGUGCUGCACCCACAAUGUGGCUUGGAGCGCAGAAUGGCUGGCUGUAUGUGCACUCGGCAGUGUCCAACUGGAAGAAAUGUCUGCAUUCAAUAAAGCUGAAGGAUUCUGUGCUGAGCCUGGUGCAUGUGAAAGGACGGGUUCUUGUUGCCCUGGCAGAUGGAACAUUAGCCAUAUUCCACCGAGGAGAAGAUGGUCAAUGGGAUCUCAGCAACUAUCACCUGAUGGACCUGGGUCACACCCACCAUUCCAUCCGCUGCAUGGCUGUUGUGUAUGAUAGAGUCUGGUGUGGCUAUAAGAACAAAGUCCAUGUCAUCCAGCCCAAGACAAUGCAGAUUGAGAAAUCCUUCGAUGCCCACCCACGCCGGGAGAGUCAGGUCCGGCAGCUGGCAUGGAUUGGAGAUGGGGUGUGGGUUUCCAUCCGCCUGGACUCCACACUGAGGCUGUAUCAUGCCCACACCCAUCAGCACCUCCAGGAUGUGGACAUAGAGCCUUAUGUCAGCAAGAUGCUAGGCACUGGAAAGCUGGGCUUCUCGUUCGUGCGAAUCACAGCCCUGCUUAUCGCUGGCAACCGCCUCUGGGUUGGGACAGGGAAUGGUGUCGUCAUCUCCAUCCCACUGACUGAGACCGUAGUCCUCCACCGAGGCCAACUCCUUGGGCUCCGGGCCAAUAAGACCUCCCCAACAUCAGGAGAGGGAAAUCGCCCUGGCGGAAUCAUUCACGUGUACGGUGAUGACAGCAGUGACAAAUCUGCCAGCAGUUUCAUCCCCUACUGCUCCAUGGCUCAGGCACAGCUCUGUUUCCAUGGCCACCGUGAUGCAGUCAAGUUCUUUGUCUCUGUUCCUGGUAACGUUCUCGCAACCCUGAAUGGGAGUGUGUUAGACAGUCCUUCUGAGAACCCCAGCACAGCAGCCACUGAGACUGAGGGGCAGAAACUGAAAAAUGUCCUGGUGCUGAGUGGAGGAGAAGGGUACAUCGAUUUCCGGAUUGGGGAUGGAGAAGAUGAUGAGACAGAGGAGAAUGCUGAAGAUACUGCCCAAGUGAAGCCAGUGCUUUCCAAGGCUGAGAGGAGCCAUAUUAUCGUCUGGCAAGUCUCAUACAUCCCUGAAUGAGAUUCUCUCUUUUCCUGACAACAUAUCUCUCCCUCCUCCCGUCUGAAUGCCAAGAUGUACAUACAGAACACCUGCAUUACACCUACUACUGGAAACUGAACCCCAGACAACUGCAACAGCUCCUGCAUCGGAUGGUGACCCCCAUUCUAACCUCUGAACUUGUAGCUUUCAUUUUGGGCCCGUGUGCUUUGAGUGGUUGGAUUACUGUUCUCCUUCUGAAGCUGGUGUCUACAAGGGGGGAAAAAAGACAGAGAAUCUUCAGAGUGAAGCCCGGAGUUGGGAAUUGUGCAAAUAACUCUCUCCACGAAGUAUGAGACAGAAGCCUGUCUUGGAAGGUUUAGCCCAGGUUGUCAGGAAGGUUGCCUCACUGCCACCUGCAUGAGAAGCCGUGCAUCACCCUCAUGUCCUCCAAUGAAACGAGGCUAAUGAAUCACAACAGCCCAAAGAAAAUCUUUAUCCAGUUCACCAGGUGGAAUUCUCAUCCCAUCCCCUCUGCAUAGAUUGUCCCCAAGCACUGAAUCUUAUCCCAGGAUCUGAGAGCAGGCAGCACCAGGUUAAACCAGAAGUCUACAGAGAAGAGAGAACAGAGGUUUCAGGAAGCACUUCAGCUAUUUGGCAAUAGCGGGCCAACGGUCUCAUGAAAAGGGGUAGAGUGUGGAACACAUGCUAAAAACAGAAAGCCCUCCCUACUCUGCAAUUAUUUUUUGGCCAGUUGGUAACAUUAAGUAGUGCUGAGUGAGCGUGAAAUCAGGGAGGACUGUUUGCUUGGUAGAGUCAGAGGCAAAAAAGGGUGUUUGGUGUCAGGCCAGAGAGUGCUUGGACACUGCUGCCAUGAAAGUUUGCUGGGAUCUGGUUGAUUAGCAGAAGGAAAAGCCAGCACUAUUUUGUCUAUGUGGUAUUUUUGGAAGGGGAGGUAAAAAAUGCUUUGUUUCAUUAUUUUUACAAGCCUUAAAAAUUUCAAGAGACAAGCUGUUAUUUAGUGAUAGUUGGUUUUAAAGAGUAGCCGGUGACAUGGCUUCUGUGUUAACCCAGCAAGGUUUUAUUGACUCAUGAAGAUGCAUUCCCAUCCUGGUGCUGAUUUUCUGCAGGGAGAAAUGCUCUCCUCUCAAAACAGAAGAGUGCUGGGGAAAAGAAAAGGCAGGAUGUUGAUUUUGUCUCACUUUCUCCCAAUACGUAACAGCAACCCAGUGAGAAUGCAAGUUCAGGUGUGUGUAUCCUAAGCCAUGGCACUCAGAUAGGAGGGCGCUUUGGGGUUAGCACAUCGCUACGGCGGGAUUUGUGUUUCAUGGCUGUUCUCCUGCAGUUAAAUCAGUCUAUAAAAAGCUGGAAAGGGGACCUUAGCUCCAUCCUAUGCACAUAUCUCAAGUUUUUUUACCUCACUCCUGCUUCUGACCCAUUGGUUAAAAGCCCUGAUGCCACAGUUUGCCUCCUGGCUCCUCACUGUUCUGGCCUUUUAAAUCCUUGAGCACAUGUGCACUGCCUCACUUGCUGGUUUUCUGGCUCAGUCAGUGUCUUUGUACUCUAGGAUCCCAGAUGACCUAGUGUACCCAUGUCUAUCUGCAGAACUUAUCUCCCCCGUUACUGUAAUAUCUGAGUGCCUCACAAUAUGUAAUGGAUUUAUCCCUCACAUCAACCCUGUGAGGGAGGGAAGGGUUUUGCAGGUAGGGAUCUGAAGAACAGAAAGACUGACUUGCUCAAGGUCACACAGAAAGUCUGUGGCAGAGCUGGUCUUCUGAAUCCCUAGCUAGUGUCAACUCCCCUAUGUGGAUGCUGCUGGUAUGAACUAAAGGGUUCCUAGUUGCAUUAAUGUAAUCCUAUUUGAGGACUAUUCAUUAAUGUGAACUUUUACUUCACAACUGCAGCAUCCACACAGGGGAGUUAGUGCACUGCUAUUGAUACCCCCAUAGUCCAAAAUGCAGGGCAGUGAAGACAAAUCCCUACUUUCUCUUUAGCAGUAGCAAUGCUGCCAUUGCUUUCGGGGUUUGGAUUGUGCAUGCGCAGCUGAGAGAUAAAUAUUAGCCACACAUCAGAGUGCUGGAAAGGCAACAGCACGUAUCUAGAGAACAGAGGCCCCAACAGCCUAUUUAGGGGGAGACAGAGGCUUGGCGGUGCAUUGCAUUGGCUACGAUCAGUGUUACAUUACAUAGGCACUCGUACUACUCUCUGAAGACAGAGGUCAGGAGAGGAUUUGAAUCAAGUCCUCCAGCUGUGUACCUCUGUAAAGGGAUUCCAGAGACCGUGUGACAUUUCUGAAUGAGUCAGGCUUUCAUUCUGCUGUGGCAUAUUCCAGAAUUGCUUUCUGGUAAGAUAAGUCACUUAGGGCUUUAGACAGCAAAUAAUUCACAACUUUUGUUAAUUAGUGUAAAUUAAAUUUCAGUAUUUGAGCUGAUUUUUAAAAAAAUUUAAUUGACUCCAAUUAUUUAGUUUAAUGAAAUAUGCCAUGUGAUAAUUAUGAAACAUGGUGUGAGAUUUUUACCUGUUACAGUUUAUGUUCUAUAUCUGUUUUAUCAAAGUGACAGUACUUGGUCCUCUGUCUCCCACUGAAAUUUCAUGGCUACUUAAGAAAAUAGGUUCCAGACCUCCUUAUCUCAGCAGGUUCAUUUGCAGUUUGAAGCAGAUUUUCUUUCAAGAGAAGCACACUUUCAAAAAGGGGCCAGUGACAGCUAAGUGAAGAGCCACUGCUGUCAUGUUCCUAUCAUCCUCAUUCAGUGACUACAGAGCAGCAAGGUGAAAGCUGAUUGGCUUAAAUACACUUCCCUAUCAUAUCUCCACUGUGAUGUAUGUAAAGUACCUUGUAUGUUAUAAAAGGAUUUUAAAAAGUGUCUUAAGGCCUGUAAACUCCGCUGUUUGGUCGGAAGAUGGCAUUCUGUAAAGAGACUGCUGUAUGAAUACUUUCCCAUGCUUUGUCCCUUAUGCUAUCAAACAAGUGAACCAUAUCUGUUCUGUAUGUAAUAAAUGUGUUAACAUCA